UAUGGAGGAGGACAUUCAUCACAUUCAGAAACAGAUCUUCUUCACAGACAGACAUACACAGCUUCUCAUCAGCUUCCUGGAUACUCUGCUACACACCAUUCUACUGGUCUUUCAGGAGUAUUUGAUACCAGUAUGCACGGUGCUGGAAGUAACACUAAGGAAACUUCUUCAGUUAUGAAUUUUCUCUCUGCUAUUGAGUCUCGUACCGCUCAGGCAGUCUCUUCAGGAUCUACCCUUUUACCACAAUUCAGGGCUCCUUCCUGGCAGACAGGUAUGCAUUCCUCAACAGCCACAGAACUAUUUGUUACUGGAGCUUUGCCAACCUCGGGAACAUUUCCACCAACAUCUGCUUUAUCAGCGUAUCAGCAUCCCAACACUUUCAGCAGUAGAAACUUCGCUACUACCCCUUCUCUUACUCUUCAAGAUACUACUUUCAGUGCAACAUCAAACGGUCUUUUAACUACCCAUGAUCCUUUAUUACAGAUUAAAACCUCGCAGGGCACUGUCCCAACUGCUUUGACACUUGAGCGCCUGGGCAGUUCUGUUCUAAGUACCAGUAUACCACCUCAGUCAUCAACAUAUCGUUCUGCCCAAGAAUCUGCACCCCAUCUCCUGCAACCUCAAUUUAGUUUGUUGCCUUCAACCCUUGGAGGAGCUCAGCAGGUUUCUCAGGCUUAUAGCACAUCUGUCUUUACUGGUUCCACUGCUUCUAUCGACAGAGCACUUCAGCGAGAAUGUAGUGUUAUUAAACACCACCAGCGGCCUUCCAGUACUCAGUCUGUUCAGGCUCAACUGACUGUUUCACAGCAUUCCUUACACAGCUAUUUAACGAGUACCAGUGGAGUUAAUUUUCAGGAUACAUCUAGGCACUCGGCAUUAUCCUGCAGCCCAGUCGGAGAUGUUACUCAGGUGAGCAAUGGAGGACCACAGCAGAAGACUUCUCAAGUCACAGUGGAACUUGCUCAGUCAUACUCGUCUGCAAUUUCAUCACCUGGUUUUCCAUCUGCUUCCACAACAAAAGUGAAAAACUGUUCCAUGAAGCAGCCUCCAAGGUCAACAAAGACCCCCAAACCUCAAAGUGUAGCUCCCACUUUGCAGACACAAAGCUAUGCCAAAACUGCGCAAAACCAGAGUUCUGUCAUUACCGGCCAAGCACAGAUCUAUUCUACAGCACAGCUCCCAAGCCUACUGUCAGUCAGCCAGUCCCAAAACUAUGUUUCAUCCCAGGCUCAGAAUGCUCCACCUGUCAGUCACUCACAAGAUUUCUCAUCCACCAAGGUUGAGAAGCUGCCCUCACUGUAUAAAACAUUGACUUUUUCUGGGCAAUCGCAAACUAUUACUUCUGAUAGUCAAAGUCUAAGUUACUCCUCAGAGGAACAGGUAUUGACUUCAGUUCCAAAUGAGAACUACUCUGGGCAAACAAGGGAACUUUCUUCGGUCAGCCAGUCUCAGAGCUAUUCUUCUAGUCACUCUCAGGGUUUAUCUCCGGUUAGCCAAUCCCAAGUUAGUUUUUCAUCUCAAUCACAAGUUUUAUCAGCUGUCAGUCCUUCAGAAAGCUAUUCUUCAGGGCAGUCUUUAACAUCGCCUUCUCUUUCCUUUAAUGCCUCUCCUCGGAUACAAACUCUUCCAGCCUCGAGCCCUAAUCAGAGCUAUAUUUCUUUACAUUCUUCUCAGAACUCUCAGUCACAAGAAUCCUCCUCUCCUCAGUCUCAGAAGUUUUUGCCAUCUGUCCAGUCUCCUCCUUUUGCAUCCCCAGCUCAUUCACAGACAUUGCAGAACAACAGACCUUCCUCAGAAACAAAGUCAUAUGUUAAAAGGAAUUCUGACUCAAAUUUGUAUGCCUCGUCAAAACAAGAGGAGGAAUUGUCAAUGCAGAAUAUGCAGGUGUUGCAGCAGCAAGCUACUCUUGAAUCUUCCACUCAAAGGCUAACUGAUGAGGAAAUCAACACUCAGGAUGCAUCCUAUAGGGUCUCAAAAGCAGAUGAUAGAUACUCUCAAAGUGUCAUCAGAAGUAACUCUCGUCUUGAAGAUCAAGUUGUUGGACUUACUCUUCAAGUAGCAAAAAAAGAUGAAAGAAUGGUCAGUUCUGUGGAACAGCUUUCCCAACAUAUUGGCCAUAUCACGAGCCUAAGCCAUGAUAUAAAAAAGACAGCUAAUUUAAUGCAAACAACACAAGUGAGUGCUAAAGAGCUAAACCAGCAACAUUCUCUUAUGCAUAAGGUACACGAAAGUAAAGCUCAAGAGCAGCAAGGCCAAGUCAUUAGUACACCAUCACAGGUUCAGCCUCAUGCUUUAAGACAUGGUCACCAGCUGUGUUUGCCCAGUGCGCAGGUGCUUCUGGAGUCAGCCUGUGACUUGCAGAUUCUUCAUCAGUCAAUGCUGCAGCCAGGUUUGGGACAAGCAAAGGCAUCACCACAAGUGCAAAGAAUACAAAGUCCUCAGCAGGUGACACACCCAUUCCUUCACAUGGACGGUCAUAUUAUUCAAAGUAAUGGGGGUCAUGCACAGCAACAUCUUCAUUCUCAGAACUCAGAAGUAAUGAAAAUGGACAUUUCUGAGCCCUCAAAACCACUACAGCAACAUUUGACAACAAAAGAGCAUUAUACUCAGACAAAUCAACAUGAUUCAAAGAAUCAGUUUGUUUCUCUUAGUUCAAUAUGUUUUCCUGAGUCUAUACUUCUCAGUGAUGAGAGGAAUAUAUUAUCCAAUGUAGAUGAUAUCUUAGCAGCAACAGCAGCAGCUUGUGGAGUGACAUCACCUGACUUUGCCAAGUCUGCUUCUAAUGAAGAGGAAAUCCAGUCUGUUGAAAACAGUGAGGAGCCUAAAACACAGUUCCGAUCAAUGGAUGUGAGACAUGUGUCUUCUGGUUUCAGUGCCUCACCUAGUGUAGUUGGAAAGCCAGCAAACAUAAGUAAUAUUUCUCUGAAUGGAGGCCAAAUUACUAUAAAUCUUACACCAGUGUCAACAAUACAGAUGAAAACUGUGAACCUUGAUCAACAACACAUCGAAACUGCUGAUCAAAAUGUACCAACAAGAAUGACCUCUCCCGCCCUUGGCCCUGGUCAAGAAGAGCAAGAACAAGGGGCUGUUCCAGUUAAGAAACAGUCUAGCAUCAGUCGUGAAUCUGAAGAAGAUAACGAUGCUGCUGCUGAUGGUACGCUGAAUGCAAGAGACACAGAAUUCGUUUCAAGCGGUAGGAGUCUAAGUGAAGAAAGUGCUGCUUCAGAGAAUGAUUUUUAUAUAGGUGGGGAUGAUGGUACAGUAGCAGGUAACCAGUCAAAGGGUCCGUUACAGCCACUAUCUGUGCCUCAAAGUGCAGAUGGAACCGUUAGCAGAACUGAAGAAGAAUGCCAAGAUUUAACUCAAGGGAGCCUUCAGAAGAAAAAAAGCAAAGGAAAAAGCCAAAACAAAACUGCUGCAGAAGAUGACAGUGCAAUUCAGAAGCAGGUAAAAAGAAGUGGACAGUGUAAACGUCAAAAUUCAAGAGGAAAUGACUCAUGUCUGGCGUACUCCUCUCCUGUUUCUGAAAGUUGUUAUGAUACUUACCAGCAUCAGGAAAGAAUGAGACAGAAGAUUAAAGAAGUUGAAGAAAAACAGCCUGAAGUCAAAACAGGAUUUAUUGCAUCUUUUUUAGACUUUCUGAAGUCUGGGCCUAGGCAACAGUUUUCAGCUCCAGCUGUACGAAUGCCAAACAGGACUAGGCGACCGGUUACCCAGAUAGUUCGUGCCCCUUGCCUACAGUCUUCUGCAAAGCCUCAACCACCAGCAGCAGCACCCAUAGCUGCUGAGGUUAGUGAAGAAAGUCCAACCAAAAAAGUCAAUGAAGAACUUAAGAAAAAUUUAGAAACACUGCCUUCAUUUUCUUCUGAUGAAGAUGAUUCUGUGGGGGGUAAUCAUGAUCUUCAGAAGAGCAUCUCUACUGCAUUGUCAGCCCUGGAUGAUACAUCUGAUAGAAAGAACAGAUCAGGUAAAACAGCUACUACAAAUGUAUAUGUUGAAG